UCGGGUCUCGGCUCGUCGUUGCUUCGUAAAGCGCAUGCGUGCGGGCAGGAGAGGGGGAAACAAACAAACACCACCAUCAGCACCAUCGAGUGAUGGAGAGGCGGUAGCCUAGAGUGGCCCCCCGCCACCCGAGGACGACGAAAGCGGCGCGAAGGAGUAACGGCCCGACCCCGAGCGCUCCUUCUCCCGCGCUCUUGGGUGGUUUAUCUUGAUAUCUUGGAGCUUCCUACUUGCUACUGUGACUUUGGUGUAAAUCAUUCAAGAUGCCAGCAGCACUUGCGGAAAAUAGUCAAGUUAUCUGUGAAGUAUGGGCAAACAAUCUAGAAGAAGAGAUGAGGAAAAUUCGGGAAAUUGUUCUCAGCUACAGCUAUAUUGCAAUGGAUACAGAGUUUCCUGGUGUUGUUGUUCGACCAAUUGGGGAAUUUCGCAGCUCUAUAGACUAUCAAUAUCAGCUACUCCGGUGUAAUGUUGACCUUCUGAAAAUCAUCCAACUAGGCCUGACUUUCACAAAUGAGAAAGGAGAAUAUCCUUCUGGCAUCAACACCUGGCAGUUUAACUUCAAGUUCAACCUUACGGAAGACAUGUAUUCUCAGGACUCAAUAGACCUCCUUGCCAGCUCCGGACUGCAGUUUCAGAAACAUGAGGAGGAAGGGAUUGAUACUUUACACUUUGCAGAGCUCCUUAUGACUUCCGGUGUGGUUCUCUGUGACAAUGUCAAGUGGCUCUCAUUUCAUAGUGGCUAUGACUUUGGUUAUAUGGUGAAACUGCUGACAGAUUCAAGGCUUCCAGAAGAAGAACAUGAGUUCUUUCAUAUCUUGAACCUUUUCUUUCCAUCCAUAUAUGAUGUUAAGUAUCUGAUGAAGAGCUGCAAAAACCUGAAGGGGGGCCUUCAAGAAGUUGCUGACCAGCUAGACUUACAGCGGAUUGGGAGGCAGCACCAAGCUGGGUCGGAUUCACUACUCACUGGCAUGGCAUUCUUCAGAAUGAAAGAGUUGUUCUUUGAGGAUACAAUUGAUGAUGCGAAGUACUGUGGGAGACUGUAUGGCCUUGGUACGGGAGUAGCCCAGAAGCAGAGUGAAGAUGUGGAAACAGCCCAAGAGAAGAUGAGCAUUCUGGCUAUUAUCAACAAUAUGCAGCAGUGAUUACUAGGUGCCAUUCAGAUAUUAGUCCAUGGAGGUAAACUACCUCUUUCACACCUCUCAAACAAAUGGUGGAAGAACUAGCGCAUUUUUACAGAGGGCAGAAGGCAUCUUUACUUUGAAUCUUGAUAGAUUCUAUUCAAGCAAUUGCAUAAUGACUGGUAGAGUGUUUUGCCCUUAUGUAAAAACCAGAUACAAGCUACAGUGUGUGUAUAUACCUCCUUUUUCUUUUAAACCUUACUAAAUUUGCAAGUUGUAGGUCAUUCCAGGACUUUCAGCAGAGCUGAAGUUCUCUCAUGCACUUGCAGAUUUAGCUUUUGAAAGCUUAUUUUAAAACUUCUUUUGCUCUCUGUGAGGGUGAUAUGUUCCUAAGCCCUCUGCUAGUUUUUAUCUUUUGUGUAAGUCGAUCUGUGAAAAUGAACCCUUCAGCCCUGGUGGUGGAGACACUGCAUGAACCACAGACCUGUCCUUGUAGCAGCCAUAAUGGCUCUGGCUAGCUCCUCCUCCUCCCUUUAGAUUGUUGGGCCAUUAAUUAUAUCAGUAAGUUUAAUGUUAACUACUGUAGAAUGGAAUAAAACUGUCUGCAUGCUUGAGACUGCAAUAAUUAUUGGGACCAAAUUGGUUUUACUUCAAGAGAACUACUUCACACUUCUGGUAGUGGGAUGUUCAGCAGGUGGAUACAAUCACAAGUGUGUGCCAGGGAAGGGCUAGACAACAUUUUAGAUUGCCUUUUAUAUGACUUGAAGAGGAGCCCCAAAUUGUUAUGGGUUAUAGUCAAAAAGUACAUUUAAUCAUUUUGCAAGUCUCAUACAAGUCAGAAAAACCAAAUCCUGUUGAGGGAGAGACAGAAUCCAGAUAAUGGUAUUUUAACAAACUUAAACUCUCCAUUAUGUAAAGCACUGCAAGCUGCUGUUACAUGCUUGUGUAUAUAUCACUGGUUCUUAAUUUUGUAAAAUAAAGAAUUUUCUUAAGGCAUGA